CAUGCAACGGGCGGCGACGGCUGGGGAUCGAUUCUGUGCAGACCGGGCUCAUCUCCAACAACCCGUUAAUGGUUCCUUCCAGGCAACCCCCAACUCGUGUUCUCACAACCUUCAACCAGCCAAACCCGUAACGGACCACCCGUGAACUCGGACCAGAUCGCUGUACUCCCAGUUAAACACACACAUAAACAACAAUGGCGACCCCUGUUGAUGCCGUGAAGACGCCGUGAUUAAAGAUUAUUUUUUGGGCAUUUUAAGGCCUUUAUUUGACAGGACAGCUGAAGACAUGAAAGGGGAGAGAGAAGGGAGAACGAGAUGCAGCAAAGGGCCGCAGGGCAGUAUUCAGGUCCAUCUGAAGGUGGAGCGGAGUCCCGUCACCAUGCUGACCUGUGAGAUGGGGGCAGGAAACACGGCGACCUCUGACCUCGAACAGAAAGGCAGCGGCUUCUUUUUAACUCUGGAGGAGAGCCGGGUCGGGACGAGCACGCUGCACACGGGCUCUCCAGAUGUCUCCAGUUAAACAGCACGUAGAUGAAUGCUGAGUGGGGUUCAUUAGUGUCUGCUGUGUGCUAACGAGAAUCACAUACACCCUCGCUUCAGCUCCGUGAUGGACGUUUAACUUCCAUAACCUAUCUGACCAAGGUUUGCGAUGGGAAACACAGACAGCCACAGCAGCUUUGUGUCUCCUGCCAAGUCGCCGUGUUCCCUCCGGCUCUCCUGCAGGAGGGAGGAGGCGCCGUCGGCUCGCAGCUGGUGGAGGAGCAGCAGUCAGGGCCGGAGCCGCGGGAGGAACUACCUGAAGCCGCAGGUCGCCGGGCCGCCCUACACAUCCUGGCAUUAUGAACACGCACCCGCACUGGGGGCCGCGCCUCCUCCAAGGUUUUUCACAGGAAGUACUGGGCAGUGCGUUGAGCGCACAUCUCUGCAGAGCGGCGGCGACCGCAGCCCCAAAGUGAUGCUCGGCAAAGACGGGAGCAUGAGGGUGGAGUUCACCAACGGCAGGGGAGUGUCCAUGGAGACGCAGGGGCUCCCCCCUGCCCCCGCCGCCCCGACAGCGUCGAAACCCUCGCUGCGAACCAGUAAAGGCAGCUCGCUCAGCUCUGACGGCUCCUGGUAUGACUCGCCGUGGGGGACGGCUGGCGAGCUGGCCGACAACGUGUUCGUCUGCGCGCCGAGCAGCGGGUACGCUGCCUACACCUCCGCCCGCACAGAGGAGACGGCCACCAGCAGCAGCUACAACACUGUCUUCUCCGAGCAGGUGGAUGUCUCGCCUGGGUUUAACUCCAGCCUCCUGUUCCCCGCCGCCGCCGAGAGCAGCGAGUUCUCCGCUGCCUCCGUUGGCGGUGGCGCCGGCUACAACACCUGCUCCUCCGGGCGCACGGAGGACAGCGGCAUCGGAGACUCUGUGAUCCUGCCGGCCGACCUCGGAGACUUCAGCUCCACCUCUCUGGACAGCGUUUACCACAACACGCAGCCCGCCUUCCCCACCGCACCGGACGCCGCCUUCUGCUGCUCUGCGCCACGGCUGGAUGACAUCGUCACAGAAGAGAGGGGUCAGCGAGGAGGAGGCGUGGAGCAGCGGUACUCCUCACUGACGCUUCCCUGUCGCAGGGCUGACUGCGUCAGCAGCGCCUUUGGGAACAGCCGCAAAGACUUCCUGAAGAGUCGGAUCCGACAGCUCAGCGACUGGACAGGAAGCCUGAGCAGGAAGAAGAGGAGGUUGCAGGAGCCGUAUGGCAGCGACAGCAGCGACGUUUUCGCUGCCCGGCUGGACUCUGGGCCGGCUGGCUGUGACCUGCUCUGGUCCUCCAACCCUCUCCACGCUCAGACCCAGAGCCAGAACCAGGUCCCAGCAGCCCCCUGGGGCUCCUCCAGGAGCCUAAACCAGACCCACAACCAGCGGCAGAACGUCUACGAGAACUUCAUGCAGGAGCUGGAGACGGGCGGCGGCGGCAGCAGCGCCGCCGAGCGGACCGAGCCGUCGGACGGGGAGGGAGACGGGGAGGAGGGGGAGGAAGAGAUGGAGGGGGAGGAGGGGGGAGGCAGGCAACUGGACUUCCUGUUUGAGACGGAGCAGGGCGCGGUGCGGCGGGCCGGAUGGCUCUCUUUCAAAGCUCUCAUCACCGUCAGCAAAGACAGGAAGCUGGAGCUGGUGGCUCGCCGCAAGUGGAAGCACUACUGGGUCACUCUGAAAGGUUGCUCUCUGCUGUUUUAUGAGACCUACGGGAAAACACUUGGCGCUGAGCGGGAGCUUUCUCCGCGCUACGCCCUGCUAGCAGACGACAGCAUCGUCCAGUCCGUCCCCGAACAUCCCAAGAAGGAGCACGUCUUCUGUCUGAGCAACUCGCAUGGAGACGUCUACCUCUUCCAGGCCACCACGCAGACGGACCUGGAAAACUGGGUGACGGCAAUCCACUCGGCGAGCGCAGCCCUGCUGGCGAAGCGGCGCGGGACGGAGGACACGCUGCGCCUGCUGCGCUGCCAGAGCGGCGCGCUGCUGCACAGCAUCGACAUGGACACCAAGAUGAAGAAGAUGGCCGAGCUGCAGCUGUCCGUCAUCAGGGAGCCCAGGAACAGGAAGGCCGUAGAGAGCCAGAUUCAGCAGUGGGAGCAGAACCUGGAGAAGCUGAACCUGGAUCUGUUCCGUCUGCGCUGCUAUCAAUCCAGCCUGCAGGGCGGCGAGCUGCCCAACCCCAAGAGCCUGCUUGCCGUUGCCAGUCGGCCCUCCAAGAGCAUUCUGGGACGGCUGGGCGUCUUCUCCGUGUCUUCCUUCCAUGCUCUGGUCUGCAGCAGAGACGAGGGGACGCUGCGGCGGCGCUGCCGCUCUCUGUCGGGAGGAAGCAGCCGGAGGCGGGGCCUGCCGUCCUCUCUGAGGGCGCUGGACGCAUCCAAGAGACGCAGCAGGGACGCCAGACACUCCACGACCCAGAGACGGGAUGGUGAGACCUCUCAGAGGGAGGCGGCGCCCCCUGCAGGACGUCCUGAUGCUCUGCAGGUGUGUGAGGAGCCGCAGCUUCCAGGUGUUUUCACUCUGAACAUCUGUCGACUCGACGCGGCCAAAGACUUCGGGUUUGCGGUGAAGGGUCACGUGGACGGAGCAGGGAGGAGCCACGUGCACGUCACCGAGGUGGAGCCGCUGGGACUGUCUGCCAGAGAAGGCCUCAGGGCAGGUGACGAGGUUCUGGCGGUGAACGGGGCGGUGCUGUCCGGUCUGGACCUGGACCUGAUGCAGAGCGUCUUCAGCCACAGGAAGCUGCAGCUGCUGCUGCGGAGAGACGGGGCGCCCGGCCCCCCCGCUGACCACUGCCAGCCCCCGGACCCCCACAGCUGGACCAACACCGGUUCUCCAGACGGCGCCCUGCUUCCUGUUUGUGACAGCGUUUCAUCAUAUACAUCACGGUCUGAAGACGGCGAGCUGCAGAGACAGGACGUGGAGCGGGUUCACACCCUGUACCAAACCUUCUCAGAGCGGCGAGCGGCGGACGCCGACGUUCUCAGGAACCCGUACAGCCAGGAGGCCGGCCCGCAGCCCGCCGGCCCUGCAAGCCCCGCCCACCUGAGCGUGUGUCAGCGUCUGCGGCGAGUCAUCGAGGAACUGGUCGACACCGAGAAGUCCUACGUCAACGAUCUGGUGUGUCUGUUUGACAUCUACCUGACGCCGCUGCAGAAGGAGACCUUCCUCAGUAAAGAAGAGAUGGAGGCGUUGUUCGGCAGCCUGCCUGAGAUGUUGGACUUUCAGAGAGUUUUUCUGCAGACGCUGGAGGAGAGGAUCGCCUCCUGCCCCAACUUCAGCCACUUGGAAACCCCCGCACAAUUUAAGGAACUCCUUUUCUCAUUGGGCGGGUCGUUUCUCUACUACGCCGACCACUUCAAGCACUACAGCGGCUUCUGUGCCAACCACAUCAAAGUCCAGAAAGUUCUGGAGAGAGCGAAGACAGACGGCGCCUUCAAGCACUUCCUGGAGGCGAGGAAUCCGACCAAUCAGCACUCGUCGUCUCUGGAGUCGUACCUGAUCAAACCUGUUCAGAGAGUCCUGAAGUACCCGCUGCUGCUGAGAGAGCUGGUGUCUCUGACCGACCCCGAGAGCCUCGAGCACACUCACCUGACAGAGGCGCUGAGAGCGAUGGAGAAGGUGGCGACUCACAUCAACGAGAUGCAGAAGAUCUACGAAGAUUAUGGCUGCGUGUUCGACCAGCUGGCCGCCGAGCAGAGCGCGCCCGACAAACAGGUAACCGAGAUCUCCAUGGGUGAGUUCCUGGUCCAUUCGUCGGUGGUUUGGUUGAACCCGUUGCCCUCUCUGGGACGCCUGAGGAAAGAACCGGAGCUCACGCUGUUCGUGUUUAAACGGGCCGUCAUCCUGGUGUACCGUGAGAACAUCAAGCUGAAGAAGAGAAUGACUGGCUCUCGCUCAGCUGAUCUAGACCCCUUCAGGUUCCGCUGGUUAAUCCCGGUUUCAGCAGUUCAAGUCCGACCGGCCAACAUCACAGGCUCGGAGAACCAGUGUGUGUGGGAGCUCGUUCACAGCCGGUCGGAGGUUGAAGGACGACCAGAGACGGUGUUUCAGCUCUGCAGCAGUGGUUUGGACACGAAGGCCAGCGUGCUGCGAGCGCUGCGCGUCCUCCUCCGAGAGCGAGCGCCCGCCGGCUCCCUGAGGAGGAUGCGGCUGUCCACGGCAGAGAGGAGGAGGCCGCAGCGAUGUCGCUCCGACACCCAGGGGACGACUCCUCGUCAUCAUCAGCGGGCGGAGGAAAGCUGCAGCCCCGACGGCCACUCCCUUCUGGGAGAAACCUGCUCGGAGCCUCUGCUGCCGAGCCGCGCCGCCGCAGCCGCCAACACCGCAGGGAAGAGGACGCGACUCUGCUCGCUGACCGGCGAGCUGGAGGCGCAGCUGCAGAGGCUCAACUUCACCGAGGAGGACACGGAGCGAGGAGCGGCGGCGCGAGCCUCUCAGAGCGGCAGGCAAAGGCGGAGCUCCAGUCUGCAGCGAAGCCCUGGGGGCGACGGGCUGGACUUCAGCUGCCCGCUGGAGAGAGACUUCAGCGUUCAGAGCAUGACCUCCAUGAUCAACGAGGACUGUUUCUACGACAGUGUGCUGGGGAUGCAGAAUGCUGCUUUUCACACGCUACCGAGCUAACAUGCUAACAGUUGGGGUGUAGUGCCCCCCGAGCGUGCCAGAACAAAGCUCCGCCACAUUUUUCUCUCCGAGCGAGCGAUUAAACGGGUUCCCCAGCUUUUUCCCAAAUUUGUAGCUAUCAAAUCACAAUACAUGCAAAUUGCAUUACAAAUAGAAUCUGCACCCAUGUUACGUGAAAGAAUCAAAUUAGUACAAUAGCACAUCGUCCCAGCCCUAAUAUUAAUAAUUCUAGGAGUUCUCAAACGCAUCACUCAAACGACGCAUCUGAUUUUUAUUUCAUCUCAGAGGUCUAAGACGAUUGGCAAUAACAAAAUAGCAUUUAAUCAACUCACUUAUAAUUACAAAGCAACUUACAUUUAGGUUUAGUUAUCAGUUUUCAUGCUAAACUUUUUUACCAAUACCAAUUCUUCAGUAUAUUCGGUACAUUUAACGUCACAAAGUACGGGCUGGUUUCAGAUUAAAUUGUGGUCUAGUCUGGAUGCGGACCCUAGUCCGCACUUUGAGAAAGCCCUGACACAGAAUAUUCUCGGUUUGCAUAAUACCGUUGAAACUUAUGUUUUCUAAGCACUUGAAAUACCAGUUAACAUUAAAGCGUUUGUCACGUAGGAACAGUAGAUUUAUUUAUUUUGGACAAUGCACAUUAAUCAACAUUUCUGUAACUGCGCCAGUGUUAGCCAGUGGGCUAAUUUUCAACUAUAGUCCUAGUUACCCAGCAUGCAUGCAGGAAGAAAACCGGAGUACUCGGAGGAAACCCAUGCAAACAUGGAGGGAACAUGCAAACGAAUGAAUCUGGAUUCAAACCCAGAACCUUCUAGCUGUGAGGCAGACGCUCUAACCCCUGAGCCACCGUGCUGCCUGUGGUUGCCUCUUGGUUAAACAGUGGUUACAUAACCUUGGAAACAAGCCAUAAUUUAACGUUGGGUACGCUCUGGCAUUCAAACAGAUAGCACUACACCCCUGGCUAACACGCUAACGUGGAAGAGGAGGCUGAUGAUGGAGCUGGAGCCCGGGAGGGAAAGGUACUCUCCAGAUCUGCAGAACCUUUAUCAGACCUGCAGCGGGUUGUUUUUAACAGAAGGUUCCCACAUCAACACAACAUGAAGGAUUAACACAGACGUGAACCCUAACACACUAACUGCUGCUAACUGUCAUCUCCUCAAGAUCACCGACGUCUGAGAGACAUUUGGGAUAGCACAAGCGUCUGAUUGGCCGUGAGUUAACAAUAACACCUACCUCUGGAAACUAACCAAUUUUUUUUUUUUUUUUUUUUUUUUUUUAAUUCCGUAAGAACUAAUCCAAUGAGCUGUGAUACUUGAUAAAGCAACGGCAGAAAUUUCAGAAGUAGUUUUCAAGCAUUUUAGUUUUCUUUGAACAUUUUCCUCAGUGUCCGCCGACAUCAAACAAACUGAAAUAACUCGUCGCAGAUUAAAUGUUGAAAAUCACAUCAGAACAAAUGCAAACUGGAGUAAACAGCCAUAUCAACUUCAUAAUUAUUAUAUUUACACUGUGAGAAGAAACAAAAUCUGAUGAAAUAUUUCAACUCUAUAGAGACAGAGCACAUUUAAGUCCCGCCCCCACCGGAGGGAUAACCAAUCUCUGCUCUCCGUUGACUGCUUGAAGGUUUCCUCCUCUUUAUUCUGUGAGUUAACAAACAGAAAGCUUCAUAUAUGCUUCAAAUAUGAAGAAGUGAAUUAUCAUCCGUAAACCUUUUAUUUUAUGAUCAUUCACUUAAAAAUAAACCCCUCUGAUGUUAUUUGGUUUGAAAAAUCACAACUGAAUCCACGCUUCUGAUGGGAUCAGGAUAAUUUUUUUUUUUGGGACAAAAUAAUCCCAAACAAGGUUUGAUGCCGAUCAAAUGUAAAAUCGGAUUACGUGAUCGGAUCUUGUCAGAAUCCCUCAUUUGCUUUUGAAAAACACAUUUCCAAGAUUUAAACCGCUCCGUGAUCCUAGAUUCCACUGGAUUACUUUUGAAAAACUGGGCCCAGAAGCUUCAUUUAUCCAUCACAUCCUCCAAAACACUUCCAGGAACUACGGAUUAUUUUUUAACUUCAAAGAUGUGUUGAGGAACGAUGGAGUUGUCUUGAUUCUGUCAGAAGAAAAGUUGUAUUUUUAUCAGGAACAUUCUUCAAAUGUCGGAAAUAGCACGUUGGAUUUAAGUUAUUACGAGAACCAAACUGGAACCUAAAGAAGCAAAGACUCGGUCACUGCGAGUGAUCUCAAAUCCCUAAAAAUCACAAACAUCUGGAGCUCAUUUAUUUAUUUUUAAGAUUAUUUUUGGGGCAUUUUAGGCCUUUUUUAUACAGGACAGCUGAAGAAGUGAAAGGGGAGAGAGGGGGGGGGGGGGGGGAUCAUGGAGCAAAGCAGGUUGGAGUUGAACCUGAGGUCGCUGCAACACGGACUAAGCCUUUAUACAUGGGGCGCACGCCCUGCCAGGUGAGCUACCCUGGGCCCCACCUGGAGCUCAUUUAUUUAUUUUGAAUUAUUUUUAUUAAAGAUUUUUUUGGGACAUUUUUUAGGCCUUUAUUGACCGGACAGCUGAAGAAAUGAAAGGGGGGAGAGAGGGGGGGGGGAUGACAUGCAGCCAAGGGCCGCAGGCUGGAGUCGAACCUGGGCCCACUGCUGCAAGGAGUGAACCUUUAUAUGUAUGUGCUCUACCAACUGAGCUAACCGGGCGCGUGUUUUUUGAGAAUAUUUUUGGGCAUUUUGGACCUUUUAUCAUACAGGACGGCUGGAGAUGUGAGAGAAGGGAGUGACCUUCAGCGAAGGGCUGCGUGUCGGAGUUGAACCUGAGGCGACGCUCUGCCAGAUGAGCUACCCUGGCGCCCCAUCUGGAGCUCACUUAUUCUUUACAAGACUACAUUUCCCACAGUUUUUAUUUGGGAAAGCCCUCGGUCUGAUGGCUCUCUGCAAACUUCCUUUUUCACGUUUCAGUAUCAUGACUGUCGUCCUACAUCGGAGCUCAGUGCGUUCUCGUAGAAGAGGAUCGAUCUUCACGAAUUCAAAGAGCGAUGUCGGACUCUUGUUCUCUUCUCUGCCUGAACGCGUCAUUCCUCUAGCAUCGUGUUGCGUAAUGUCCGUGUUGUAAAUGUUGUUCUUGUACAGUUUAGUUCCUCCGUUGUAGUUCUCUGUGUAACAGAUAUUUUCUUGACCAAAGCAGUAAAGUAUCUGGAGCUGCUGGAUCCAGUCCAAGCCUUUGAAUAUCCGCAGGUGGAGUUUUUGUAUUUAUAGUUUGUUUUGGGACGAAAAACACAACGAGGAAGAAGAAGAAGAAGAAGCCAGUGUUUAAUUUUAAAUAACUCCAGUUAUUUUUUAUUAACUGUUUAAAGUAUUUGGUAAUUUAUUUUCUUAAAUAUUUUGUGUACGUCUUUUUAACGACUUGAUGCUGUAAAAGCCCAAUAAAUGAUAUUUAAUAAGUA